AUGAAUAACGAAUACGACUAUUUAUUUAAAUUAUUAUUGAUUGGUGAUUCCGGUGUUGGUAAAUCUUGUUUAUUGUUAAGAUUUGCUGAUGAUACAUAUACACCUGACUAUAUUUCCACCAUUGGUGUUGAUUUCAAGAUUAGAACUAUUGAAUUAGAUGGAAAGACAAUUAAAUUACAAAUUUGGGAUACCGCCGGCCAAGAAAGAUUUAGAACCAUCACUUCUUCUUACUACCGUGGUGCCCAUGGUAUUAUUAUUGUUUACGAUGUCACUGAUCAAGAAUCUUUCAAUAACGUCAAGCAAUGGUUACAAGAAAUUGAUCGUUAUGCCACUGGUGGUGUUAUGAAAUUAUUAGUGGGUAACAAAGCUGAUUUAUCAGAUAAGAAGAUUGUUGAAUAUACAGCUGCUAAGGAAUUUGCCGAUGCUUUAGAUAUUCCAUUUUUGGAAACCUCCGCACUUUCUUCAACUAAUGUUGAACAAGCAUUUUACACAAUGGCUAGACAAAUCAAGGCUCAAAUGACAAGCAACACUAACUCAGGAAAUGCUGGUAAUGCCAAGGGUAAAUCCAAUGUAAACUUGAGAGGUGAGUCGUUAACUUCAAACCAAUCUAAUUCAUGUUGUUAA